GCGAGCACUUGGCUGCGGCUAGUGUUACGGGUGCCGUGAGGGCUUUGGUGGGUACAUGGUGAAGUCUCCUGCUCUCUAUCUCUCUCUUCAGCUCUGCGAGCGAGGGUGCGGUCUUUUUGUCUUCGUGUGCACUGUUUCUUUGGUAUCUAAUUCGCUUCUGUUGGCGCUGGAUCGCUUUAUACUAAUUCUCUAAUCGGUUCUGGUAACCUCGGAUUCGUAAACUAAUCGACAGAAUGCAUCUCUCGACUGUCCUGCUGGGGGCCUACUGCGGCCUCGUGGCAGCGAAUCCGCAUCCAUGGAUGUACGGCGUGCCGGACUUUCCAGACCUGGAUAUGCAAGAGGUCAUGACCCAAGCGGCCGUGGACUUGGUGACCGACGGCGCCGAGGCGACGACAAACUCUACGUCCACAGCACCGGGGGGCUCUGCUUCCAACUCGACCUCUUCUGGCGGCGAGCCGUGCGCAGCCAUCAACCGCGCCAUCUCCGCCGCACCACCCGGCUCCCGCAAGGUCGUGUCGGCCGAGAUGGGCAUGCGGUGUCUGGCUUCCGUGCCGCUGGACACGGCCGGCAAUGUCAAGCUGAUCGACGACAUGAAGCUGUUCGUCAAGUGGCAGUCCAACAUUGCGUAUCUCAAGAGCCCGCCGGCGAACUACACGGAGAAGCCCGUGGACAUCGUGGGCGAGCUGGAUCGGAUGCAGAAGGGGCUGGCCAACGGGACGUUCAAGACCGAGUACGAGUUUCAGAUGGGCAUGAUGAUGCUGUUCAACCGCGCGUACGACAACCACUUCGCGUACCAGCCCGACAUCCUCGCGUCGGCGAUGCAGUUCCAGCGCCCGCCGGGCACGGAGCUGGUCGCGGUGUCGUCCGACGGCAAGGCGAUGCCGGAGGUGUUUCUGUACCAGGAUAUCCGGCGGGCUGCGAAUGACACGGCGUUCAAGCCGUCGGCGGUCAAGAAGAUCAACGGCGUCGACGCCAUGACGUAUCUAGGCGAGGCCUCGGCGCAGUCCGACUUCCACGACGCGGACACGCGGUGGAACGCGCUGUUCCCAUCACAAGCGCUGAUUGCGUCCGGGACUGUGUUCUUGGGAUCGUUCAGAACGGGCCAGUAUCAGGGGCCCAACACGACCAUGGAGUUCGCCAAUGGCACGACGUUCAACCAGAUGAAUGUUGCGGUUGUGUUUGGCAACUUCACUGGUGUGAACAGCGGACAGACGUUCUUUCAGCAGUUCUGCACUGGCCCCAAGCCGGUCUCGCAGAUCACGCAGCCGGCGCCCACCCCUUCUGGUAAUAGGACCACGACGCCGACUGCUACGCCUACGCCGUCCCAGAUUGGCUACCCGAAGGCUGAGAUCCUCAACCCGAAUCUUUCGAUUGGCGGGUACUAUAUCAACGGCACCGGAUAUGAUAACGUCGCAGUCCUCAGCAUCCCCUCGUACGACUCCCCCGACGUCCAGAGCUUCCAGAACGUGAUGAGAGAUUUCAUCCGCAUGUGCAAGGCGCAAGGCAAGACCAAGAUGAUCUUCGACAUGCGCGGAAACGGCGGAGGUAACGCAAUCCUUGGCUACGACACAUUCAAACAGGUCUAUCCUCAGGCCGACCAGGAGCCGUUCGGCGGCACGCGCUUCCGUGCCAACGACGCCAUCAAGGCUGCGUAUCAGCUGACCGGCGACUUCAUCGCAGGCAAGACGUACGUGCAGAGUAACCAGACCGCUUUCACUCAGGCGUUCGGUCAGGGCGUGACUUCAGGGGACAUCAUCGGGCUCACUGCCAGCUUCAACUUCCAGCACCAGCUCGACAUCGACAACAAGGCCAUCGGCUCCUCGGACGCGGCGUUCGGGCCGCAGACGGCCAACGGCGACCAGUUCACGACCACCAUCCGCUACAACUACAGCGACCCCAUCUCGACCUCGUACCAGGGCUUUUCGGUCAUCGGCUUCGACCAGAACAAGAACGAGACCAGCACGCCGCAGCCGUUCCAGGCCGCCGACAUGGUCAUGCUCCACGACGGCAUGUGCUCGUCCACGUGCGCCAUCGCCGCCGAGCUCCUCAAGAACCAAGGCGCAGUCCGCACCAUCGCGGUCGGCGGGCGCCCGCAGGAAGGCCCCAUGCAGGGCAUCGGCGGCACUAAGGGCGCCCAGGUCUUCUCCUGGGACGACAUCCAGCUGCGCAUGCAAGCCACCUACUUCCUCGGCAGCCCCGCCCAGCAAGCCCAAUGGGACACCCAAGACCUCGGCAAAACCGCCUUCGCAACCCAGCUCUUCAAGCGCUCGGCCUACCAGGGCGGCCGCAUCGCCGGCGGCGUGAACCUCAAGGACAACCUGCGCCAGAACGACGCCUCGGGCACGCCGCUGGAGUUCAUGUACGAGGCCGCCGACUGCCGGAUGUUCUUCACCGCGCCCAUGGUCACGGACGUCACCGCGCUGUGGAAGGGCGUCGCGGACCGCAUGUUCCGCAACGAGACGAGUCUGUGUGUGGCGGGCAGCACGGGCGAUGCGUCGAGUGUGAGUGCGGGCGGGCAGCGGCGCGGCGGGGAUGGCGUCGUGGCGGCCGCGAAGGGGGUGCAAGUUGAGACUGGGGUGAAGAGCGUGGCGAGCGGGACGGGGGUGGUGGGGGGCGCGGCGGGGAGCAUGCUGGGGCGGUGGGCGAGUGUUGCGGCGGCUGUGGCGGUGGGGAUGGCGGUGUUGUAG